ACAUAAGACCACAGUAAAUAUUGGUUCAGAAAUUACACGGUGGGAAGCUCUAAAAGCACAGAAGGGAAUGAGAAGUGAUGUGGAACUGGCAACUUUUCUUCUCAACAAAAUUCAACAUGAGCAAUCAGACUUCCAGAAUUAUCGCUUCAACAUAGAAAAUCUUGUCUGGAUCUUCAAGGAUCUUGAGGACAAAAUUAUUAUAUUUCUGAAGAAUGAACUGACAAGGUUGAAGAAAAUAUUAAAAAAAGAGAACACACAAUACUUUGUGCAGGAUUUUAUAAAGGACACAUGUGAAAUCAAAGAAGCAGCUUUUGAUAUCGUACUUUAUUUUCUAAAAAGAAUGAAGCAAGAUGAGAUUGCAGACACUUUAAAAGAGCUGAUCUUCAUUCAUCAACAACAACUUAAAUCGAACCUGAAGCAAAAGUAUCAAUGUGUGUUUGAAGGAAUUGCAAAGCAAGGUGAUUGUACACUUCUGAAUAAAAUCUACACUGAUCUUUAUAUUACUCAGGGUUGUAGUGAGCAGGUUAAUACUGAGCAUGAGGUAAGACAGAUUGAAGUUGCUUCCAGGCAACAUGAAUCACAGGAGAUACAGGUUGAAUGCAAUAAUUUGUUUGAAGCAACCGAACAAAACAAGAUGAUCAAAACUGUACUAACAAAAGGAGUUGCUGGUAUUGGAAAAUCCAUCUCUGUGCAAAAGUUUGUUCUGGAUUGGGCUGAAGGAAAAGAAAAUCAAGACAUCAGCUUCAUAUUUCCUCUUCCUUUCCGAGAGAUGAAUUUCAAGGAGAAAGAAAACUAG